UGACGAAUCCACCUUCUGCUUGUAAACACAAACUCACACGUGACACCUAAAGCAGAGCUGCGUCGCGCGGCCGCAUUGUGUGAGCGGACAAAGAAUCGCUGUGCACGCGGGCAUCGGGCACGCGGGGGCCAAAGAAGCGUUAUGGCAACAAACACUCGGAUUCUCCAAAGUUAGCCGGCUUCUUGGGUUUCGUCACGCCGCCGUUUGCUGCUCGUUUUGCCGCUUCAGGUUCACGUUUGGUCGCUCGGAGGAAAAAACGACCCAGCUGCAUUUUCCGCCGCAGUUUGUUUACGAAGCUUUUGUUCAAAUCCUAAAUUUAGCUCGCGGUUUUUUUUUCCUGCUAGCAUCGAAAAUUCUCGUGUUUUGUCGUCGAUAAUCUCGUCUGGAUGAGAUGUCAUUCGCCAUGGAGGAUAAUCUGGAGUCCGGAUGGGUGUCCGUUCGGCCCAAAGUCUUCGACGAGAAAGAGAAACAUAAAUUCGUCUUCAUCGUGGCUUGGAACGACAUCGAAGGAAAGUUCGCCAUAACUUGUCACAACAGAACCGUCCAGAGACGGAGCGCCGUCCUGGACCUGGACCGGAGCCCCACGGCGGAGCCGACCACCGCGGGGAAACUUACAAAAAGUCCGAGCAAAGGGGUCGGAGGGGAGACGGUGGACGUCGAAUGCGAGAGCCACACGGUCGGGUCCUGGGCCAUCGUGACCCCUAAGGAGGUGGAUCUGGAGAUCCUGGACCCCGUGGACGUGUCUCCGGACGACCCGGCGGACGUUGGGACCACCCGGGAGGACUUCAGCUGGGCCGGGCUAUUCUCCUUCCAGGACCUGCGGGCCGUACACCAGCAGCUGUGCGCCGUCAACUCGGACCUGGAGCCGUGCCUGCCGUCCUUCCCGGAGGAGCAGUCCGGCGUGUGGACGGUGCUGUUCGGGGGCCCCGGCCUCCCGCAGGUGGAGACGGACUCGCUGUGCUACCAGCUGCAGGUGUACCUGGGUCACGCCCUGGACACCUGCGGCUGGAAGAUCCUCUCCCAGGUGCUCUUCUGUGAGAACGAGGACACGGACGAGUACUACGAGAGUCUGGGGGAGCUGAGGCAGAAGGGCUACGAGGAUGCUGUGGAUGCUGCCAGGCGGCGCAUGACAGAGGUGUUGGACAAGCACAGAGCCAUGGACAGCAUGGUGGAUCUGCUUCACGUCUACCCCGAGGAGGACGCCGCCUUCAGCCAGCUCCUGGAAGCCACGACUCAGCUCUACCACUACCUGCUCCAGCCCUUCCGAGACAUCAGGGAGGUGGCGACUUUGCAGCGGCAGCAGAUUAAGAUCUCGCUGGAGACGGAGCGUCUGGGUCCUCGCCGCGUGGAGAGCCUGAGGAAGGAGGACGAGGAGUGGCAGAGGAAGGCGGGCGCCGCCGUCCUGUCCAUUCAAGACCUGACGGUCAAGUUCUUUGAAACCACCACCCGCGCUCUGAAAGCUUUAUACGAGCGAAUGCGAGCGGAUCAGAGGAAGUUUGGGAAGUCGGCGUGGGCCGCGGCGGUGGAGCGCAUGGAGCGUCUGCAGUACGCCGUUUCCAAGGAAACCCUGCAGCUGAUGAGGGCCAAAGAGAUCAGCCUGGAGCAGAAGAAGCACAGCCUGAAGGAGGAGAUGCAGAGUCUGCAGGGCGGAGAGGACGCCAUGCUGCGUCUGGACCAGCUGGAGGCGCUCUACUACGAACUGCAGCUGCAGCUGUACGACGUUCAGGCCGAGGUGCUACGCUGCGAGGAGCUGCUGCUGACUGCGCAGCUGCAGAGUCUGCGCAGGCAAAUGACCGAGUACCAGGACGAGGUGGUGUACUACGACGCCUUCGAGAGCCCUGACGCCAUGAAGGGCGUGGAGGAGCCCGGCCCGCCGCCGUCGCAUCAAAGAGAAGAAGAACUGAGCGCGCUCCAGCAGAGGGCGCGGCAGCUGGAGGCGCGCAGAGGACGCAUCACUGCCAAGAAGGUCUACCUCAAAAACAAGAAGGAAGUCUGCAUCGACAAACACAAACAGAAGAAGCUGCAGCGCCACGGGAGCAGCGGCUCUCUGCAGCAGGAGGAUGAAGAAGAGGAUGAAGUGAAGCGAAGCGCACGAGUGAGUCAGGAGAGACAGAAGACGCUGGACAGACUCCGCAGCCUCAAACAGCGUUAUCCAGGUCAGGUCACGCUGAGGUCCAGCCGACUGAGGCGGGCGGCGGCGGCGCCCAACACGCAGGCCGUCAGCGUCCAGACCGACUCCUUCCUGGACCUCCCAGAACUCUCUGCCCCUCCGGCGGACGGCUGCGCCUCCUUGCCGCCCGUCGACCUGCAGAGCUGCGACGCCCCCCCUCCCUUCCUGUCGCUGCCUCCUCUUCCCGCUCCUUCGUCCGUCGUCCAGCUGGAUUCCCCGCCUCCCCCGCCGCCUCCUCCUCCGCCUCCCCCUCCUCCCUCUGAGGCGCCCCCCUGCAGCCCAGCGCGUCAGCAGAGGAGCGAGUCUGAGGAGGCGCCGCUGCCUCUGGCUCCUUUCUGUCCACGCUUCUUUGACAGCAGCCAGCUGCUGACGGCGAGGAAGAAGCUGAGGAAGACCGCCUCCCUGGACUCGUCGCAGUGGAGACGAGCGAGCUCGCCGAUGGACGAGGUGCUGGCGUCGCUCAAGCGCGGCAGCUUCCACCUGAGGAAGGCGGAGCUCCGCGUCCUGGGCCCCGACCCGGACGAUGACAGCAACAACAUCCUGGCCCAGAUCCGCCAGGGCGUCCGGCUGAAGAAGGUGCGCAGCCGCCCGGAGCAGCAGCAGCGCCUCCCCAAGAGCUUCCCGCACUCGGCCGACGCGCUGACCCGCAGCAUCCACGAGGCGCUGAGGAGGAUCAAGGAGGCGUCGCCGGAGUCCGAGUCCGAGGACGAAGGCCUGCCCUGCACCGACUGGGAAAACUGAGGUGACGCCGCCGACCUUAAACUUUCACGGAGCCAAAACGAAGAGAAAAGGAAACAGACAAACCGGGUCGCCUUGGUGCAAUCUGAACAAAGACGCUUCGUUUAUUUUAUUUUAUUUUUUUAUCCGGCGUUUCUUUUCAUACGUGUGUUUUCUGUGGUGGAGAAAACGAUUCAACCUCUGCUGCGUCAGAGCCGUACUGUAGCUCGCCGCCACGUUUUUACAAAGUGAACUUUCUGUCGCCUCAAUCUCCACUGAAACCAUUUACUGUACGGCGAGGAGCCGCAGCGUUUUCAUCAGUGCCUGUAGAGUUAAAAACAGCCGAGGAUUUAGAGGACGCUGCAGAGGUCUUCGGUUCCGACACUGGAAACAGACGCACCACUCUCAUCUUUGCCGCCAACGCCGGGUCAGUAUUUCAUUAACCAGCCACUCAGAUGCAUAAUAAAGGUUUUAAGAUGGUUUUUGAAGCAAAUCAACUUUUUGAAGGUUUCACUUUUACGAUAAAGAGGAAAACUAUGAAUAUUUUGGGUUUUCUUUAGAGAAAAUGAGAUGAUUUAAUCUGAAAAGGCUCUGAACACGAAUCCUUUAAGGACAAAGGGAUUGCUUUACCUUCACUGCCCUCUGCUGGCAGCUGCCAUCCAUUACGCCUGAAAACACGAAGACUAAAUGUGAUGUUUUGUUUCUUUUGUGUUUGUUUUUAUUGUUUGCUGCCUUUUUUCCCCACUGGUGUGUUCUGGAGUUUGGUUUUAAAUGUGUGAGAGUUUUUUUUUUAACCAUUACAUCUUUCUGGCUUCUUUUCUUUGAACGUUUGUUUGCUUGUUUGUUGUUCCAGGAGGAGUGAAAGAAUCUCGUUCAGCUGAAAAAUAUACCAAUCAGAGGCACAGCUUAGCAGAAAAAGCAGUUUUUGCUCAUUGGAAAUAAUCAUUACAGCAGAAAAUGUUUUCCCGCCAUGUGGAAGCUGGUAGUGUUUUUUUUAUUAAUUAGUUCCAAACAUAAAUUAAAUUUUUUUUAUGUUCGGUGAAGAACGUCGCUCCAAGAGCAACAACCUUCGUCUGAAAACUAAUGAAAAGGUUUUUUUAGCAGCUUACUUUUCAUUUUUUAAUCAUUUUUAUUACAAAACUAAAGAAAAAAAACAGGAAAUUGUCUUUUUUCUUUGUUCCUGAACUGUUGCACUUCAGACAUGAACGUUACUGAGAAGACAGCAGCACUGAAAAGUUUCAAAUCAAAGAUUUUUUUGAGAGAAAAACAGAUUUAUUUCCAAGUAUAAACUCUCCAGAUGUUCUCCACUCAAGACUUUUCACUAAAACUGAUGACCUUCAGCUUUUAUUUUGAAGGACGAUUAGUUGCAGGGAGUCUUUCCCGUUUACUCCUCCUUUUUCUGCUAAGCUGCCUAACCGUAGCACCGCCCCUUACUGAACCCCGCCCACUCUGGGCUGAUGCGGAAGGCCUCCUGGUCGUCCUCCGUCACACGGGGAUCGCGUCGUACAGAUUGUCCUCCGUUGUUCCACCUUAUGCAUGUGACCGGUUCCGGACAGGAAUGGUCACGCCGUACGUGCAAUAAUGAAGAUGGAAGCAAAGUCAUUCUUAGGAAUUGUACUGUAAUGAGAUGUAAAUCAUGAAAAUGUAUCCGCAUGCCUAAAUGUAUUGAAGUAUUUAUUAAAACUUCAUAUUUUAAAGAUUUUUUUUAAAGCGUACAAAUAUAAAUGUACUUUAUUAUAAACUUUGUUUUCCUAUCAUGACAUUCCUCUUUGCUUUCUAUAUCUUAUAUUUAUAAUGGUUUUACUUUCAAAAUAAAAGCUCAAAAUCUUGGAGUUUUUUUUUAA